AUGAGCCGAUCACACUCCCAUGCCAUCCAACUCCAAUCCGUGGGCUCCCAGGAUGCCCUGGCUCCCCUGCCGCCACCGCCUGCUGUCCAAAAUCCGUCUUUCCACCCUUGGGCUUCUCCACGUGGGCCUCCCCCCUGGGGCCUCAGCUGUCUUCUGGCUCUGCAGCAUAUCUUGGUUCUGGCCUCUCUGCUCUGUGCCUCCCACCUGCUCCUGCUUCAGAAUCUCCCCCCAGGAAUUCUCUCUUACUCUCCUGCCCAUCUCCUGGCCUCCAGCCUCUUUUCAUGUGGUGUGUCUACUACCCUGCAAACUUGGAUGGGCAGCAGGCUGCCUCUUGUCCAGGUUCCAUCCUUUGAGUUCCUUACCUCUGCUCUGGUACUGACUAACCAGAAGCUGCCUCUGGCCAUCCAGACACCUGGAAACUCCUCUCACAUGCCGCACCUGUGUGAGGGGCCUGGCUGCCAUAGCCUGGAGCUCUGGAACACGUCUCUCCGAGAGGUGUCUGGGGCAGUGGUGGUGUCCGGGCUGCUGCAGAGCACUCUGGGACUGUUGGGGGCUCCGGGCCACUUGUUCCGUCACUGUGGACCCUUGGUGUUGGCCCCCAGCCUGGUUGUGGCAGGGUUCUCUGCUCACAGGGAGGUGGCCCUGUUCUGCUCCAGUCACUGGGGGCUGGCCAGUACGCUUAUCUUGCUCAUGGUGGUCUGUUCUCAGCACCUGGGCUCCUGCCAGUUACCCCUGUGGCCCUGGAGGUCAGCUUCAGCCUCUUCAACUUGCGCUCGCAUCCCCGCCUUCCGGCUCUUCUCGGUGCUGGUCCCAGUGGCCUGCGUGUGGAUCAUCUCUGCCCUGCUGGGUGUCAGCACCGUCCCCCGGGGGCUGCCCGCCCCCCAUGAGGCGCCAUGGCUUUGGCUGCCUCACCCAGUUGAGUGGGCCUGGCCCUUGCUGACAUCCCGGGCUCUGGCUGCGGGCUUCUCCAUGGCCUUGGCAGCUUCCAUCAGCUCCCUGGGCUGCUAUGCCCUGUGCAGCCGGCUACUGCAUUUGCCUUCUCCACCUCCACAUGCCUGCAGUCGGGGGCUGAGCCUGGAGGGCCUGGGAAGUGUGCUGGCUGGGUUGUUGGGGAGCCCCAUGGGUACUGCAUCCAGCUUCCCCAACGUGGGCACAGUGAGUCUUAUCCAGGCUGGAUCUCAGCGAGUGGCCCACUUGGUGGGGCUGCUCUGUGUGGGACUUGGGCUGUCCCCGAGGCUGGCGCAGCUCCUCACCACCAUCCCGCUGCCUGUUCUUGGCGGGGUGCUGGGCGUGACCCAGGCCGUGGUUCUGUCUACCGGAUUCUCCAACUUCCACUUGGCUGACAUUGACUCUGGGCGGAAUGUUUUCAUUGUUGGCUUCUCCAUCUUCAUGGCCCUGCUGCUGCCAAGAUGGUUUUGGAAAGCUCCUUUCCUGCUGAGCACAGGCUGGAGCCCCUUGGAUGUGCUUCUUCGCUCGCUGCUCACAGAGCCCAUCCUCCUGGCAGGACUCUUGGGCUUCCUCCUAGAGAACACCAUUUCUGGCACACAGCUUGAGCGAGGCCUUGGUCAAGGGCUGCCAUCCUCUUUCGCUGCCCAAGAGGCUUGGGUGCCUCAGAAGUCCAAGCAGAAAGCUGCUCAAGAGUAUGAGCUUCCUGUCUCCCUCCAAAACUUGUGUUCCUACAUCCCCCAGCCCAUCCGUUGCCUCUGCCCACUGCCUGAAGACCCUGGGAAUGAAGAAAGAGGGCCUGCUGAGCCAGGAGAGACAGCUGACUUGCUGCCUGGUUUUGGGGAGCAGUGCCCCAGGUCUGGCAGAGAAGAACUUAGGUCCCAUUAA